AUGGAAUUCUUGGUGCUCUCUUUACUUUUGUUGGGGACCCAGGUCACAGAGAACUGGGCUGGCUCUCACUCUCUGAAGUAUUUCUACACCGCUGCGUCCCAGCCAGGGCUAGCCGAACCGAAGUUCACUGCUGUAAUCUACGUGGACGAUCAGCAGAUCUUGAGCUUCGACAGUGACAGCCCGAGCCAGAGCAUGGAGGUCAGAACUCCGUGGAUCGAACAGGAGAUGCCCGAUUACUGGGAGCGGGAGACGCAAUUUUCCAGGGAAGCCACGCUGCGUUACCGAAUGUGCCUGCAGAAGGUACCCGUAUACUACAACUACAGCGAAGGAGGGGUUCACACAUACCAGCGCCAGGCAGGCUGUGAAGUGUUCUCCAACGGGAGCUUCAGCCGUGGCUUCGUGCAAUACGGGUUCGAUGGACGUGACUACCUAACACUGGACACUGAGACGUUGCACUGGAUCGCGGCAGAUGUCGGAGCUCUGAACAAUAAGCGCAAGUGGGAAGAGAAUCAAAGAAUAGCGGGAUAUUGGAAAGUCUUUCUGGAGGAGGAGUGCGUGCACUCACUUCAAAGACACUUGGAAAAUGGAAAGGAGAGGCUACUUAGGGCAGACCCGCCCUCUGCUCGAGUAACCCGACACACAAGUUCUGACGGGGAGGUAACCCUAAAAUGUAGAGCACAGGACUUUUACCCUGCGGAGAUCUCACUGGUUUGGCUGAGGGAUGGAGAAGAACAGCUCCAGGACACGGAGUUCAUUGAGACCAGACCUGCGGGGGAUGGGACCUUCCAGAAGUGGGCCGCUGUGGAGAUACUCUCUGGAAGUGAACAUAAAUACACCUGCCGAGUGCAGCAUGAGGGCCUGCCUGAGCCGCUUUUCUUGAAAUGGGAGCCACAGUUCUCGUCCAUAGGACUCUCUGCAGGAGUCGUCACCGUUCUCCUCCUGGCUGCAGUCAUUGUAGGUGUUGUGGUCUGGAGGAAAAAUAUUUCAGAUAGAAAAAGAGGAAGCUAUACUGCAACUGCAAGUAAUGACAGUACUCAAGGAUCAGAUGUCUCUCUUACAGCAAGAAGUAAGACUCUAAUGGUCCUAGAGCUAGAGAGGGGCUGGUGUAAAGGUGACAAAUGCAAUGAAGAGCAAUAUGACAAUGAUGAGGCUAAGGGAGUCCCUGAUUUUUGA